AUUAAAAGACAUACUUCAGCUGGUAUGAGUAAAAUACCACUUUUAUAAGUUAGAAGGACCCUCUUCAGAUUCUUUCAAAGACCUAGAUUCCCAACUCUUGUUUAUCAAAGAAGCCAUCCUCCAAAAUUAACUUAAUUAAGAUUAUCAAGAACUUGAGAAACAAGUUUAGAAGUAUGAGAGUGAAAUCAGAAAACAUAUCAGAGUAUACUUAUUAUUUUCAUCAUUAGACUGAAUAACAAAUCAAACUUUAUUGUGAAUAACUCCAACAGCAAUUAGAGCAAUUUCAAUAAAGUAAUAAUAACAAAAACUUGAUUAAUGUAUGAGUUCUAUUCAUUUACUAGCAAUUGAAGAAAGAAAUUAAAAUAUUGCAAGAAUAGAAUAAACAAUUAAUUGAAGAAAAUACAUUACUUAAGAAGAAAAUACAAGAAAAUAAUGAAAUUUAACAUCCAACCAUUUCAAGCAAACAACCUUUUAAAUUAGUCGAUUUUAUUCGCAAACAAAAAUUUCCAAAUGAUAAAGACACUUAUCUCAGCAAUACUAUUGAUACUUCCUCAAUGUAUAAAAAAGAUUAAAACAGACUAAAUUCUAAAAAUAUCUAACAACAAACCACUGAAUAGAACUAUGAUCAUAGCAAGUAAUUCAUUAAUAAUUUUAAUAUUAUUUGUAAUAAAUAAAAAAUUACAUGUAAUAUUCAUAGAUAGAAAAAGAGUAUUAGUGAACAUAAGCAAAUUAAAAAUAAGUUAGAUUUAUCCUCUAUUAAUUGA